AUGGAUAACUCGGUGUCGGCUGAGGAUCGGCUAAAAGUACACGAGUUGUGUAAAUCAUAUUUAGGCGGCAAAUGGGCUGAAUGUCGAUAUUUCAAUGCCGACGAUGACCUAAACCCCAAAGCUGUCAAACUGUUGGCCCAAAAGUUGGCAAAAUUUCAUACACUAGACGUACCGAUCCCUAAAGACAACACUAAAAAUACAAUGAAAAUGUUGUUCGAGGAGUGGUUAGGGCCCGAAGACAUACUGUCCUUCAAAGAAGGGGUUGUCUAUGAAGAGAUACAAAAGCAAAAACUGCAGGCAUUUGUGGAAAUGGAUUUGUUGGCUGAGAUGGCAUGGCUCAGGCAAGUGGUGGUCGACCUCAACAGUCCGGUAGUCUUCUCGCACAACGACCUCAACCGUAGGAAUAUUCUGGUCGUCAAAGGAGACGAGAAUAAUAACCAGAAUCUAGAUUUAUAUCUCAUUGAUUUCGAUUGGAGUAACUAUAUGUAUAGGGGCGCAGACCUUGGUGACUAUUUUGCCAAUUGGUGUCAACAGGAACUGGACUUCGGUGGCAAUGACUUUCCCGAUGACCAACAAUUGUUGCCCUUUAUUGACGCCUAUAUCACGGAAAUGAGUUUACUUUGCGACGAUUCUUAUGCUAAACAUGAAAUCAAUUCACGCGAAACACUCCUCAAAGAGUCCAAACAAAAGGCGAAUCAACGAGGUAAACCCAAUAGCCUUUGCCGGACAGGGCUCAGCCAACAGCAGAUCCUCCGGUCCCGCAUGAGUGGGAAAUCACACGAAAACAUCUUAUAA